AAGGCAGGACGCUGGAAAGAGAAUGUUUUGAGAAGUGUCUCAGGGAAACUUCAAGCCACUGAAGAUGGAGAACGAGACGGUCAGCGAACUGAACCAGACACAGCUCCAGCCACGAGCAGUGGUGCCCCUAGAAUACCAAGUGGUCACCAUCUUACUUGUGCUCAUCAUUUGUGGUCUGGGCAUUGUGGGCAACAGCAUGGUAGUCCUCGUGGUCAUGAGAACCAAGCACAUGAGGACCCCCACAAACUGCUACCUGGUGAGUCUGGCAGUGGCCGAUCUCAUGGUCCUGGUGGCCGCGGGCCUACCCAACAUCACAGACAGUAUCUACGGUUCCUGGGUCUAUGGCUAUGUUGGCUGCCUCUGUAUUACUUACCUCCAGUACUUGGGCAUUAAUGCUUCGUCCUGUUCAAUCACAGCCUUCACCAUUGAGAGGUACAUAGCGAUCUGUCACCCCAUCAAAGCCCAGUUUCUCUGCACAUUUUCCAGAGCCAAAAAGAUCAUCAUCUUCGUCUGGGCUUUCACAUCCAUUUACUGUAUGCUCUGGUUCUUCUUGCUGGAUCUCAAUAUUAACACCUACAAAGAUGCUAUCGUGGUGUCCUGUGGCUACAAGAUCUCCAGAAAUUACUACUCACCUAUUUACCUAAUGGACUUUGCUGUCUUUUACUGUGUGCCCAUGAUCCUGGCCACUGUCCUCUAUGGAUUUAUAGCUAGGAUCCUCUUUUUAAAUCCCAUUCCUUCAGAUCCUAAAGAAAACUCUAAGACAUGUAAAAAUGGCUCAACUCCUCAGAACAAGAAUUUGAAUUCGAAGACCUCUAAUAGGUGUUUCAACAGCACAAUAUCUUCAAGAAGACAGGUUACCAAGAUGCUGGCCGUGGUUGUCAUUCUGUUUGCCCUUUUAUGGAUGCCCUACCGGACUCUUGUGGUCGUCAACUCAUUUCUCUCCAGCCCUUUCCAAGAAAAUUGGUUCUUACUCUUUUGCAGAAUUUGCAUUUAUCUCAACAGUGCCAUCAACCCAGUGAUUUACAACCUCAUGUCUCAGAAAUUCCGAGCAGCCUUCAGGAAACUCUGCAACUGUAAGCAGAAGCCCAUGGAGAAGCCCGCUAGCUACAGUGUGGCCCUAAAUUACAGUGUCAUUAAGGAGUCAGACCACUUCAGCACAGAGCAUGAUGAGAUCACUGUCACUGACACGUAUUUGUCUGCCACGAAAGUGACUUUUGAUGACACCUGUUUGGCUUCUGAAAUAACCUUGAGCCAAAGCUGACUCAUGAGUUAGAAGGAAAUGGACCAUAAAGUGAAUCUGUGCAGUUAGCAACCCAAGAGAGGAAAAGGCCAAUACUCAUAUGGGAAGACAGAGCAGAUAGUCUUUUCCAGUACUCUAACAGAUCCUGGCCCAAGAUACUUUAACCCACAGAAUGACUCAUAUUUUCCUUCUAGUGUCACAAAGCUAAUAUCACAAAAAAUGAAGCAUACCUGUGAAAGAGCCAAAGGGUGGAAAUUGAGAGUAUAACCCUUUGCAUUUAAUUUGAGAAAUUCACUUUAUUUUUGGGGGGCUAUGAAGUUUAGAUAAAAUCUAGACAUCAAUUUACAUUAUUUAUAAUAACUCUGCCAAAUGGGAUUUCUCCA